CAUAAUGUCACUGCCAUGGUUGGAGCUGCAGUUCUUGGCUUCCCCUAUGCUAUGUCUCAGCUUGGAUGGGGUUUAGGCAUUACGAUUUUGGUCCUUUCAUGGAUUUGUACAUUGUACACUGCAUGGCAAAUGAUUGAAAUGCAUGAAUCCGUAUCAGGAAAAAGAUUUGACAAGUAUCAUGAAUUAAGCCAGCAUGCAUUUGGAGAAAGACUUGGUUUGUGGAUUGUGGUGCCUCAACAAUUAAUGGUGGAGGUUGGCAUUGAUAUAGUUUACAUGGUUAUUGGUGCAAAAUCUCUUAAGAAACUUCAUGAGAUUCUUUGUGAUGAUUGUGAGCCUAUUAAGACAACUUAUUUCAUUGUGCUGUUUGCUUUUGUUCAAUAUGUUCUCUCCCAUCUCCCUAGUUUCAACUCCGUCGCUGGUAUUUCCCUCGUCGCGGCUGCCAUGUCUCUGAGCUACUCAACCAUUGCUUGGAUAGCUUCAAUUCACAGGGGUGCCUUACCAGAUGUACAAUAUAGUAGCAGAUAUUCAACAAAAGCAGGAAAUAUUUUUGGCAUAUUUAAUGCUUUGGGGGAUAUUGCAUUUGGUUAUGCUGGCCACAAUGUGAUUUUGGAGAUUCAAUCAACAAUCCCUUCCACUCCUGAAAAGCCCUCCAAAGUAUCCAUGUGGAGGGGAAUGAUCAUUGCUUAUUUAGUUGUGGCUUUGUGUUAUUUUCCGGUCACUAUCUUUGGUUAUCGGGCUUUCGGAAACUCUGUUGAUGAUAACAUCCUUUUGUCACUUGAGAAACCUCGUUGGCUUAUUAUUGCUGCUAAUAUAUUUGUUGUUGUUCAUGUGGUUGGAAGUUAUCAGGUCUAUGCCGUCCCGGUGUUUCAUAUGUUAGAAUCAUUUCUAGCAGAGAAGAUGAAUUUCAAGCCAUCUCGGUUUCUUCGAUUCGCAAUUCGAAAUUUAUAUGUUUCAAUUACCAUGGUCCUUGCAAUUACAUUUCCUUUCUUUGGUGGGCUUCUCAGCUUUUUUGGGGGAUUUGUAUUUGCUCCAACCACAUAUUUUCUCCCUUGCAUAAUGUGGAUUUUUAUUUACAAACCCAAGCUAUUUAGCUUGUCUUGGUGUGCAAAUUGGUUUUGUAUUGUAUUCGGAGUCUCAUUGAUGAUAUUAGCUCCUAUUGGCGCUUUGAGGCAGGUCAUACUGCAAGCUAAGGACCACAAAUUUUGCUUGCUGAAAUGA